AUGGGAUGGCAUAUUAUUUUCCGUCAACGACCGAUAUCUAUCGUAUCGAUCUCACAUCGAACUUUAUUUGGAAUAACUCCUCCACAACCAUCAUUUCCAUUCGGAUUGCAAAAUAAAACACAACAAUAUGCAGAACAGCGUUUACUCGGAUACACAGCAGUGGAAAUGUACGAAGUCGUUGUUGAUGUGCAAAGAUAUCGUGAAUUUGUUCCCUGGUGCAUUCGUUCGGACAUCGUGAAACCAACAUUUCCACAUUCUUUCAAAGCGCAUAUGGAAAUCGGUUUUCAACUAGUCAAGGAACAGUACAAUGCACAAGUGACUCAUCAAAAGCCAACAAUUGUGAAAUCCGUCUGUACUGAUGGUCGUCUAUUCAAUCAUUUGAUCACUGAAUGGAAGUUUCUACCCGGUAUUGAAAAGGAACCUCGUUCAUGUAUUCUUGACUUCCAUGUUUCGUUUGAGUUUCGUUCGAUACUUCACGCAAAAUUGGCGCAUAUGUUCUUCGACGAAGUGGUUCGUCAAAUGGUAUCUGCGUUUCUGAAACGUGCUGAAAAACUCUACGGACCAGCAUCCAUGCCAUCGAAGCGACUUCGUUGA